AUGGCCGACACAUACCGCCCUGUAGUAGCAGUGGUCGACUUCCACCACCAGCGUCUAGUNGGUCCAGAAGUAGAGCGCUGGGUAGGAGUAGACCAAGGUUACGAUCCCGCCAUUGACAACGACUGGCAACUGCUGCCCUUCCUCGCCUUGUCUGACGGAGCCCACGCUGCCACAGAAGACUUUUCGUACUUUACCCUCGUCUUGAAGAGCACGCCCGAACGCUCGCUCUUCGGUAUAAGCUGCACGCGUCAGCUCGACUCGAGGGAGCUGCUCAACAGGCCCGCCGAUGUCACCCGCAGCACCGUCCAGAAAGCAGUCGUAGUCAUUACCGAGAACCCGCAAACAUUCACCGCCAUACGGGAGAAGCUCAGUGUAGUGACAAAGGCUUGGUUUGCACANAAACGAUUUCAAGAGAGUCUGAACAAAGGCUUCGGCAGCCAGGAAGAUGAUAGAGACCUCUACUUUGCUAAUGGCAGUACUAACUCGGCCCUANNGAUGCUCUUCUUCGGCUCGAAUUGCGAAAAGAUGUGCCUCGUCCAGUUCUCCCUCAUCUCUCUCAUACCGACCCUCAUGCGCCAUCUUCGCGAUUGCGCAGAUCCUCGUAUGGAUUACUAUGCUACACAUGUAGAGAAGCCGACUUCGUUGAAGACCAGCGAGCGAGCUUCACUCCUUGCCUACAUGGGAGUGCCCCUACAAGUCUUUGGAAAGGGCAGUUUGUUCGGUCCAUAUACGCCACUACAACAGUUGGACACGUUGGCCGACCAAGACACGAAAUCGUACGUUGUCGGCUCUACCAACCAACUACUCCUCCAACAGAAGGAUCGCUAUGCAGAUAUCUUGGUGAACCUCGAUGAUAACACCAUCAAUAUAUACUCGCCAUCUCUGCGCAAUGCUUUGGCUCUGUCGACAGCAGACAGACGAUGGAUCGAUUUUCUCACUCAGUCUGUACACGACACCUGGGACGAAAACAUCCCAAGCCGGCCCAAGGAUAUGGGCUACGCCGGCAGCGAAGAAUUUAUUCGUCUACAAUUCGAGGAAUACCUGCUCUCUUUACUCUCGGCCUCGAAAUACAGCCGUUUCGUCUCUAGCCACAAGGGAGACCCCAAAGCCCUGCUCUCGGAAGUCGAGGGCGAUCCUGCUGUCGAGUUUGGCAGCGAGUUUAUGAUCCAGUGGGCUUUGACUGAGAAUUUCGCGCUCUUUGAGCGCACGACGGAUUCGCAUCUUUUCGAUGUCGUUGAGCCGCGACACCCGUGUGCUGGUGGCUUGACCAUUGAAGAUGUGCAACGUAGACUUGCUGCUCAAGUCUCUGAACUGCAUCUAGAUGAGCGUUGGAGAGGCAGCAAAGAAGCCAUGGGCAAGCAUAUAUCGACUGGCCGUGAGCGUGUCGCUGGCGCCAUUAACACACUAUGGGCCGAUAUCGAGGUCAUGAGAGAAGCUCAGCGUAGGCGUGCUGAAGAACAGAAAGCUGCUGCUGCGAACAACCCAACAGCUUCCGAGGAGAAGAGUGCUCCAAAAGUAGCUCAAGCUCAAGCAUCGGUUCAAGCGGCCUCUUCCCGCGCCGGUGCCUAUCUCUCCUCAUGGGGUGCUUGGGCAUCCGAAAAGCGCAAGAACUGGCAAAAGCCCGAGAACAGUAAUACCGCUGCUGUCCCCAAUGCACCGAUGUCGCCUUCUACCGAGAUUUGGGCUGCAGAGGAGUCCAGACCUGCUGUUACGACUGUAUCAGAGUUGGGCAAGGAACGAGCGACCCAACCUGCCGCACCAAUCACAAAUGAGAGAAGUAACAAUCUCAAAGAUGUUACUAAGGAGGAGGAUGCAGAGGAAGAUGUGCAGAAAAUACAACAAGAGGAUAUUGCGAGUCAAGUCGCGGCAGAGGACCCAUGGGCGCAAGAGAAGAUUUAA